AUGAUUUUAACAAGAUUCUAUUCCAAUUAUACUCAAAGUUGCAGUUCUUCCUAUAAAAACCUAUCAAAAUUGUCUUUGAAGGUAUAUUACUUUCAGGAAAUUUCUAAGCUUGUUUCAGCCAGGAAUAAUACACAGCCUUCCAAUCAUAAUUUUGAAAAAAUAAGGAAUCUCUACCCUGUCGACCAUCACACAUUCAAUGAGAACGACCUGAAACAACUUUCUCAUGAUAUUAGCAAGAGUAUAAAUGAGUUGAGUCCAUCGCAGCUGCUAGCAACAGCAAUUUCGUACAAUAAUCUCCCUAAUGUGGGCAAAAAUGAAUGGAAAAGACUGUGUAAUGCAGUACUGAAGCAGGCCUAUGGAAACUGCUACAAUAUAAACGCCGUUUCUCCGAGCCAUGUGUCAAUGAUUUUGUACUCGUAUGCUAAAAGGUUUAAGAAUCAGAUUCCGAUAACGUACAAGCUUCUGAAGACUUCAAUAAAGUCAACUGGGUCGCUGAAUGAAAGGGAUAUAUCAAUGAUAUUGUACUAUAUGGGUAGAACUAAAUGUGUGCCAAGGUCAUUAAACAGCCCGGAUCACGUGAAAAACGCACAAAUAUUGAGAGCCAUCGCACUCUGUUUGUCCAAAGAAGGUGGCAACAAGAUGGUUAAGUUCACUCCCAGCGGAUUGGUCUCAGUUGUUUACAACUUCACGCAAAUAGGGAUGAUUCCAUGGUCGCUCAUGUAUCACGCCUGUAACUUAAUUAAGAAAAGGGCACACAAGUUGGAUUCAAAAUCCAUUGGAUUUCAUGCUAGGUCACUGACUUUGUUAAAUAUUAGGGACAAAGUAACAAUGGAAACAUUUAUAUCAUCACUGAAUAAACACAAAAACAUACCCGUGCCAACCAUCAGUUCAAUAAUAUAUUCGUUGUCAAGGUUAAAAUAUAGGCCGAGGAGUGAUUUAGAAUAUCUACUGGAUUUAACUAGAAGAUCGAUGGCCUUGUUUGAUGACAGGAACAUGGCGGUAACAGUAUAUUCAAUGGGACAAUUAGGCAUAAAAUCGGAAGAAAUAUUUGAAUCAGUGUCAGUGUUUUUAAAGGACCGUAUUGAUUAUCAAUCGGCUCAGCAUCUGUCAAUGUUUAUCAGAGGAUACUCUAAGCUGGGAAUAUACGACAGCUCUGCAAUUCAGUUGAUAGUGGAGCAUUCGUUAAAGUUACUGACUGGUUUCACUUUACAGCAAAUAGUGUGUUUGAUGGACAGUUUGGUGGUUUUGGGCUACUUCAAUGAAUCUGCAUUCACCAGCUUUUUAAAUUAUUUCUGUUCAUUUUCAUCGGAUGAGUUGACUGAUUAUCUGCUGAACCAAGUGAAUAGGAUAGUAUAUAGCAUUAAGUUGGAGCAGCCUGAGUAUGCUUUAAAAGCACCUAAGUACAUAAUACCUCUGUUUGAUCAAUACCAGGGGCAGUUCAUAAUUAAGGAUUCGAGCGAGGGCAGUAAUGAAUCGCUCUAUCGGACCUUGAAGGAGACGGGAAUAAGUUACAGGGCAUCUGAGAAGAUAGGACCAUACACACCUGAUGCGGUUCUAGAUAACAAUGUGUCUUUGGAAAUACUCUCCAAGGGGUCCACAUGUCCCGUUACCAACUCAGUUUUGGGGUCGUCUAAAAUGGUAAAGAGGCACAUGAAGCUGCUGGGCUACAACCAUAUACAAAUUAACAGGAAUGAAUGGUAG